CCGUGUUGCAUUGUGGGUAGUCGCCACCAAUCCGCCAUCUUCGGGUCACUUCAGGCAUGGCUUCCCUGGUCAGCAGAGUUCCCAGACUUUUCCAGGCCGUUGGCCGCACUCUGGCCGCUCAGGCCACCAGGGGUUACGCUGACGCGGCGGCUCCGGUCGGGAUGUCGUUCACUUUUGGGUCUCCGGGCGCGGCGUUCUACAAUGCUGCAACAAACGUGCGUCAGGUAGACGUACCAACGUUCUCCGGAGACAUCGGCAUCCUGCCCAGUCACGUUCCCACGCUCGCCGUACUCAAACCUGGACGCCUCUCUGUCUACGAAGAUGAGGGGAACGUCAAUCACUUUGUUGUGAGCAGUGGUUCAGUCACAGUGAAUGAGGACUCCUCUGUGCAGAUCCUGGCAGAAGAGGCAUGUCGACUGGAGGACAUUGAUCCUGGGUUGGCGCGUUCUGGUCUGGAGAAGGCGCAGCAGCAGCUGAGUGCGGCUUCGACAGAUGCAGAACGUACUGAGGCACAGGUGGCCAUCGAGUUCCACGAGCAAGUGGUCAAGGCUAUAGAGUAACAGAUUUGCAGAGUGCUGGGUUUGGCUGUCCCUGUCCAUUUAUCACUCGAUUUGUCGAUGUAUGAAGUAGUAUGAAUCAACUUAAAGAUAUUCAGGAACUUCUACGUAUUAUUGCAUUGACUACCUUCACAAAAGAAAUAAAAGUAUGUCUGUUGUCACCUUA